AUCCAGCCAUUCCAAGCGCACAUGAGCGAGGGGGCGGCCUCCAGUACUGCAGUCCGGCGGCUGCGUCGCGAACUUGAGGCACUGAAAAGGUCAAACAACUCGCAGAUCUUGGUCCGACCUGCAGAGGACAACCUGCUUGAGUGGCAUUUCCUGCUCCAUUCCUUUCCGCAUGACAGCCCCUACAGCAAGGGGUGCUAUCAUGGCAAGAUCAUCUUCCCUGCGCAGUAUCCCCAUGCCCCUCCGGCGAUUGUGAUGAUGACGCCUAGUGGGCGGCUUGAUAUCGGGAAGAAGCUGUGCCUUAGCAUGACCGACUUUCACCCGGAGAGCUGGAAUCCGGCCUGGUCCCUGGAGACCAUCCUGGUGGGCUUGUUAUCCUUCUUCAUGUCGGAAGAGGGGGGCUAUGGCUCGGUUCAAGCAUCUCCCCAGCAGCGGCAGGCGCUGGCUGAGCAGAGUUGGGAGGUGAACGCCGCCUCUGAGCUCUUCAGAAGCCUCUUCCCGGACUUUGUGAGUCCCGAAGUGCCGGCACCGGCUGAGCCGGCACCGGCUGAGCCGGCACCGUCUGAGCCGGCACCGGCUGAGCCGGAGCCAGCCCAGGAGUCCCCAAUGCAAUCCUCAUUUCAGUCCGCAGUGGAAUCAACCGAGUCCCCGGUUGCCGCGGACUCUGCGGCUUCGGCUGAAAGAGAAGCAGUCGAACAGAUCCCGCAGGGCUCGCAGGUUCCGCAGGUCGCGCAGGUCGCGCCGGUCGCGGAGGCCGAGCCUGAGCGCCCCCAGGGCGCUCAGGUUGCCCCGGAGUCGGACCUGGAGGCUGCGGAAGAGCCCAUGGAGUGCUGGAUCUGCCGCGACGUCACCGCGGAGCCCUUGAUUCAGCCGUGCAGAUGUCGAGGCUCCAUGAGCGGUGUGCAUGCGAGCUGCGUGGAGGAGUGGAUCCGAAUCCACCGGCGGACAGCGAACACCGAUGCCCCUCCGCAGUGCUCGGUGUGUCACGAGCCCUACCACGGCUCUGAACGGAUGCCGGGCGUAAGGGACUUCCUAGCGCACACCUGUCAAGACAUGGGCAGCAGGUGUCUCAGAACGGUGCUCUUGGUCUUUAUGCUGCUUGCGUACCAGGUGUGCGCAAUGGACGACAAUCUGAUGCUGCCACUUCGUGUGGGCUUCUUCACCUUCUUCGGGCUGCUGUUCGUGUACAGAGUCCUAGUUCUGCUGGUCUCCCUGCCGGCGCACCGGCUGCCGCCCGCCCAGCCGCUGGUGCGCUUCUUCGUUUCAGAGCCCACCCAGCUGGCGCUGCACAUUGCGGAGGCCUUCACCACGCUGCUGGUCAUGACCACGUGGGCUGCCUCGGGCUUCUUGGACUGGCGCUUUUACCUGCCAUUCGGCGUGACUGGAGCCUUCCUUGCUGCGAAGCUCUUCUACAGGCGGCCCUCGGCGGAGUGCUGUCGUCGCUGUGGGCACGGCUUUCUGUUCAUUCUCAUGCUUCCGCUGAUACUGAUCUGGGGGAUUUUCGUCCUGUGCAGGAAGUAUCGCCACUUGGUGCUUCAUCCACUUGGGCCGGGCCUUCACAUUUGCGCAGCCAUCGCUGUGAUUCCAAUGGCCUUUGCUCUGCAAUCCAACCUGGCGCUGCUGAUCUUGUGGGGGACCCACGCACUCUUCGCAGUAGCAAGCCUCGUGGAGCUCUUCUGCAUCCAGAAGUUCCGCUGGAAGAAGGGCUUCUUUUGGCUGCUCCUGGUGCAGGUGGCGGUGAUGGCGUGCUACACCGCCAACUUGUGCGUCUUUCCGGCAGGCGUUGGCAACCAGCAGCAGUCGGUGAUCAUCGUUACAGGCAGCUCAUUUUCGUGGCUGCUGCUGCUGAUCUUUCUGAGCCUCAAGGUCAACUGGCAGCUGUGCAUGCAGCAACUUUGCGCGCAGCCAAAACGAAACAUGUCGGCUCUUUGGUGUGCCGAACCGCAGAGCUCUUUUGAGGCACUACCGAACCUGGCAGCGUCGCCAUGGUAGCUUUACGCUAAACGCACCAGCUGCAGGCUGACGUGCGCUUCGGCGAGUUGGGUUCCAUCGGCCUCGAGGGAUCACAUGCUCAAGCAUGCUGCCCGGUUGGGCCGGUUGGGGUUGAACCAGAGGAAAAUCCAAGGGAGGGGCGCUCCCCCCAGUUUCCUUGGCCUUUUCGAGUGCUUGGCUCGGGAGCGCCGCAUGGAACUCUGAAAGUUUCAGAUUGAUCAGCUUGAGCAACGCGCGGCGAAAAGAGGC